CCUGCGCACUGCGCAGCGUCGGGGUGGGGAGCCGGUUUAUAUCCGAGCGGUCAGCUGACGCUCCGCAUUGCAGACUGCGGAGUCAAGCGGCGCCAUGUACGCGGUCCUGUUCCUGGCCAGCCUCCUGGGCACUGCUCUAGCCGGCCCUGUCCCCGUUCUGAGAAAAUGCUCCGGGGGCUCAGCAAUGCUGUGCCAGGACUUGAAGACCGCGGUGGACUGCAGGGCCCUCAGGCACUGUCAGCAGACCGUCUGGAGCAAGCCCACAGUGAAAUCCCUUCCAUGUGACAUAUGCAAGCAGGUCAUCACUGCGGCUGGCGACAUGCUGAAGAACAAUGCCACUGAGGAGGAGAUCCUCACUUACCUGGAGAAGACCUGCGACUGGCUUCCUAACGAGAACCUGUCGGCCUCCUGCAAGGAGAUUGUCGACUCUUACCUCCCUGUCAUCCUGGACUUGAUCAAAGGGGAAAUGAGCCAUCCGGGAGAGGUGUGCUCGUCUCUCAACCUCUGCAAGUCUCUUCAGAAGCAUCUGGCAGAGCUGAACCACCAGAAGCAGCUGGAGGCCAAUAAGAUCCCGGAAGUGGACAUGACCGAGGUGGUGGCUCCCUUUAUGGCCAACAUCCCCCUCCUCUUGUACCCUCAGGAUGGCCCCCAGAGCAAGCCCCAGCCAAAGGCCAGUGGAGACGUCUGCCAGGACUGCGUGCAGAUGGUGACCGACAUCCAGACUGCGGUGAGGACCAACUCCACCUUCGUCGAGGGCUUGGUGGAGCACGCCAAGGAGCAGUGUGACCGCCUGGGGCCUGGCAUGGCCGACAUGUGCAAGAACUAUAUCAACCAGUACUCUGAAAUUGCUAUCCAGAUGAUGAUGCAUAUGCAGGAUCAGCAACCCAAGGAGAUUUGUGUGCUGGUCGGGUUCUGUGACGAGGUCAAGGAAGUGCCUCUGCAGACCCUGAUUCCCGCCAGAGUGACCUCUGAGAAUGUCCUCCCUGCCCUGGAGCUGGUGGAGCCUCUUGAGGAGGAGCUGAUCCUGGCCCAUGCGAAUGUUUUCUGCAAGGCAUGCGAAUACGUGGUGAAGAAGGUGGCCGACCUGAUCAAGAACAACAGUUCUAUGGAGAAAAUCAUCCAUGACUUGGACGUGGCAUGCUCGAUGUUGCCCCAGUCUGUGUCGGCCGUGUGCCAGGAGGUGGUGGACACGUAUGGCGGCUACAUCCUGUCAGUCCUUCAGCAGGAGAUGAGCCCUGAGCUGGUGUGCAGUGAGCUCCAUCUCUGCUCCUCCGGCAAGGGCCAGAUUGGGAGGAUCGGCCGAAUCGGACUGCCUGAGCUGCCCCCGCUGCCCAAGCUGCCUGUGCUGCCCAAGUCGCCCGCGUUGCCCGCACGGGUGACUCCCCUGAAGGACGGCCCCUUCUGUGAGGUGUGCAAGAAGCUGGUCAGCUACUUGGAGCACAACCUGGAGAAAAACAGCACCAAGCAAGAGAUCUUGUCCGCGCUCGAGAAGGGCUGCAGCUUCCUGCCCGAGCCCUACCAGAAGCAGUGUGACGAGUUUGUGACCGAGUAUGAGCCAGUGCUGGUAGAGGUCCUGGUGGAGGUGAUGGACCCGUCCUUCGUGUGCUCGAAAAUUGGAGCCUGUGCCUCUGCCCGUAAGAUUCUCUUGGGAACUGAGAAGUGUGUCUGGGGCCCCAGCUACUGGUGCCGGAGCAUGGAGACAGCAGCUCAGUGUAACGCUGUCGAACAUUGCAAGCGUCACGUGUGGAACUAGGAUUCCAUCUUGGAGAAACCGUAGCCUCCUUUCCUCCUCGUGUGUCUGGGGUAACGAACGCGCAGACCUGUUGUAAGACUAGGCCCCUCCUUUUGACCACCCCCCCGGUGUCUCCCUUAUUGUAGCAUUGCUGUCACGGGGGAGGUGUUAUCCCCCCACCAACAUAGCUGCUUCAGUGUCCCCUCUGCUGGGAGGAUGAGGACAUACUGGCCCUGAAGUCUUAGCCACCCUUGCGUCACUCUGGAGUGCCCAGUGCCUGCAGGACAUGCAGCCUCUGGGCGGGGUCCUUGUCCUGAGUGCUGAUGGGUUUGUGCUUCUGAGGCCACUUCCUAUCCUAAGGAGGGACCGUCCCCUUUCCUGCUGUACAGAGCAGCCAAAGGCAGUUCAGAAGCUUCAAAAAAUGGUGUUUAAAAUCAUUCCCCUGGUGAUAGUGCAGAGACUUUGGAAGCAGCUGCUGGUGGCGAGUGGGUGCGGUGGCCCUGGGUUAACCCUUGUUUUUUGCUUUCUCGUCUUUUCCUGUUGAUGCCUUGUUGGGGUUCUGUGGGUUUGGGUUGGGAGGGGAGGUUCCGCCUGAGUGUAACCUGCUAGCUGUGCCUGGAGGUCCCGCUGAGGCCUGUGCACGGUAGCGACUGCUUGCUCGUGUCUGCCGGGGCCCUGCCUCGCGCCCCUGCCCAUGCUGUGGAUGUUUUACCUUCUCUUUCGAAUAAAUGUGGAUGACAAGCUCCUGAGCCCCUGCGUGUAGAGGGUGGCGGGCGGGGUCUGCUGGGCAUGGAGUGGGUGUUCGUCCAGGCUCAGCUGUGCCUGUUUGGCAGCCAAAGCUUCUGCUGUACCACUGGUUGCCAGGAGCCAAGCAGGCAGAGCCAGCAAGAUGAGCAGAUGCUAUGAAAUGAACUGAGUGGUUUUCAUUUGUUUUGCACUAAAAUUUCUGUGAUUUAACAAUAAAGUUCUGUUAACCAGA